AUGCUGUCCAAUCCUACCACUGCCCUUCACAACCGACAACGACAACGACAACACCGACGCCAACAAUCGACACCUAAUGCAUUCGAAGCAGUGAAGGCUUCCAACCUGCCCACCAUCCAGCGCCACAACUCCCACAGACGUGGCAUGAGCCUGGAUCAACGACGACGAACAUCACCCGCGCAGGACUAUACGACAAGAAAUACUAACCCAGGAUAUCAAUCGACACAACCACAGCAUAUUUUGCGAGAAACGCAGCAGCAAAGACUGGCACGCCCGGGCCAGCGAUUUGCUCAAUACGACAAUGACGAGAAUUGCCUCAAUUCGCCCUGCGUCACCCCCCAGCGACAAUCUUUUGAUGCCGGAUGUACGAACCAGUACGGACACAGGCUCUCCCAGUCUCAGUUCCAAUUUCCGGGGCCCAUCAAUACGAUCAUCCAAGUCGAUCCCAAUAGCUUCAAUGGGAACCAAGACUUCAACAACAUGUACCAGCCCGAGGUCAUGACCCCUUCUGCGUAUUUGGACUUCUCGGCUGGUUUCGAGAAUGCGAGCCAGGGAACGAACAGCGCAUGUCACAGCAGAAGGAACUCGGCCGGAAGAAGGAUCAGUGGAGGGAUACUAGACAGAGUUAACCAAUUCGAGCACCUCGCACUUCAAUCGCCGUGCCGCCCAAUCACACCCACGAACCAGAAUGUAUCGCGUUACUUCCCCCCCACACCUGUGGACACUCCACACGAUCGUAUGGUCAAGCAGGAGCAGAUGAACCAGAGAUUCCUGGACACCUACGAUUCUUCAAUGGAAGAAACGAUUAAGCCCAAGGGAAACCAGCGAGCCCGAGGCAUUUUCGACGAUAUGAGAAAGGCAGCCGAGGGGAAUUACAUGCCCAGUUCUCCCCAAGCCGGGACAGUGGUCAACCCACACAGCUUCGACUCUGCUCCUAUGCCAACCGCCAACUUCAUGAACAUGUCAAAUAUCAACCUGGAGUUCCUGAAGGAUGAGCAACUCAGCAGUCCGCAGUUCCCGCCAAACGAUAUGACGCCAUCCAUGUCUUUUCACCCCUCCCAUGCCUCUUCGCCCGCGGUCAUGCAGGAUGCGAUGUUUGGCGACCCCUUUGUCAACAAACUCGGUUUGGAGCCGAACACGAUGUCAUAUCCCGAACAUGUAGCCAAUCUUCUUCCCAUGUCGAACUCGCCCUCUCACCGAUCUCACCAAUCUCACCAUACCCACCACCCCUCGCAUCGUAGAUCUGAAUCUGUGGACAGCAUCAACCUGGAGGAGUCUAUUACCGACACUGGAAUCACCAUCGACGAUAUCGCCAACUUCAUCUCCGGACCAGAUCCCAGCGACGGUAAAUGGAUCUGCCUGUACCCCGAGUGCAAGAAGCGAUUCGGUCGUAAAGAAAACAUCAAGUCGCAUGUCCAGACACAUCUCGGCGACAGACAAUUUCAGUGCCCUCACUGCAAGAAAUGCUUCGUCCGACAGCACGAUCUGAAGCGACAUGCCAAGAUCCACAGCGGCGUAAAGCCAUACCCAUGCCAAUGUGGUAACAGUUUCGCCCGCCACGAUGCUCUGACUCGCCACCGACAGCGCGGAAUGUGUAUCGGAGCUUUGGAGGGCGUGGUGAAGAAGGUCGUCAAGCGUGGCCGCCCUCGUAAGAACCGGCCGGAUACGGAAGAGCGAGUCAACAAAGCCUCGCGCACGCGAAGCAAGAACAAGACGGCCUCUUCCAUGUCGUCCUCCACCUCCGGGUCCGAAAGUCGCGGUGGCCCGUCGCCGCGCAGCGAAGCCGACAUUCUGGACGACAAGCCUUUCGCGAACUACGAGUACACGCAGCAAAGCCACUACAUGCAGCAGUCCUCUGCCCCAGAGCGCGCCAGCUUCGAAUACUCGCACCCCCGCUCACCCACCCCCAGCCACUGCGUCUCUCCUCAGGCCAUCCACCCGGCCCGGCACUCCCCCAGCGCCGAGAGCGUCCGCUCCCACCGUGCCUCCAUCGCCUCCAGCACGCAUGGCGCCUCGCACCCGGCCUCGCCCGCCAAGAGCAUGCACAGCAGCUACCAUUCGCCCCCAGGCCUGUGCGAGUCCUCGAGCAGCCCGGCAGCGAGCAUCUACUACGACCUCGACAUCGGCAACCACCACGACGGCGCGACGGACCACCUGAACGGGCUCGCGCACCUUUCGGAACACGACAACGCCAAUCGCGACGACGAGAUGUUCCUCGAGGCGUUCGCGGCGGCUAGUUCGGGGGAGAUGCUCCCCGCCGCGGCGGAUCAUCACCAUCUGUCGAUGGCGAAGUUCGAGGACGCGUUUGCCGGGGCCGCGGAAGAAGAGGGGGGUGCGGCGGCGGCGUCGGCGGAGCCCCUGUUCCGGGACAGCGAGGAUGUGUUCUUCGGGAGUCCCUGA